CGGACUCGAGGGCACUACGGCUUCCGGUGUCAUGGCGGCUUGAAGUCCCAGGAGUCGGUGAGGCGGCUGCAGGUCCUCCCCUGCGGAGCCGCUGGUCCGGCUAGCGGGGAUGUGACCGCGGGCUCUGCCGGCCUGCCUCAGGCGUCGCGUCAGCUCCCGUGUACGUGCCCUCAGCCGACACCGAUGGCGGGAUCCGGCUGUGCCUGGGGCGCGGAGCCGCCGCGUUUUCUGGAAGCCUUUGGGCGGCUGUGGCAGGUACAGAGCCGUCUGGGUAGCGGCUCCUCUGCCUCGGUGUAUCGGGUGCGCUGCUGCGGCAACCCUGGCUCGCCCCCCGGCGCCCUCAAGCAGUUCUUGCCGCCAGGAACCACCGGGGCUGCGGCCUCGGCCGCCGAGUAUGGUUUCCGCAAAGAGAGAGCGGCGUUGGAGCAGUUGCAGGGUCACAGGAACAUCGUGACUUUGUAUGGAGUGUUUACAAUCCACUUUUCUCCAAAUGUGCCAUCACGCUGUCUGUUGCUUGAACUCCUGGAUGUCAGUGUUUCGGAAUUGCUCUUAUAUUCCAGUCACCAGGGUUGUUCCAUGUGGAUGAUACAGCAUUGUGCCCGAGAUGUUUUGGAGGCCCUUGCUUUUCUUCAUCAUGAGGGCUAUGUCCAUGCGGACCUCAAACCACGUAACAUAUUGUGGAGUGCAGAGAAUGAAUGUUUUAAACUCAUUGACUUUGGACUUAGCUUCAAAGAAGGCAAUCAGGAUGUAAAGUAUAUUCAGACAGACGGGUAUCGGGCUCCAGAAGCAGAACUGCAGAAUUGCUUGGCCCAGGCUGGCCUGCAGAGCGAUACAGAAUGUACCUCAGCUGUUGAUCUGUGGAGCCUAGGAAUCAUUUUACUGGAAAUGUUCUCAGGAAUGAAACUGAAACAUACAGUCAGAUCUCAGGAAUGGAAGGCAAACAGUUCUGCUAUUAUUGAUCACAUAUUUGCCAGUAAAGCAGUGGUGAAUGCCGCAAUUCCAGCCUAUCACCUAAGAGACCUUAUCAAAAGCAUGCUUCAUGAUGAUCCGAGCAGAAGAAUUCCUGCUGAAAUGGCAUUGUGUAGCCCAUUCUUUAGCAUUCCUUUUGCCCCUCAUAUUGAAGAUCUGGUCAUGCUUCCCACUCCAGUGCUAAGAUUGCUGAAUGUGCUGGAUGAUGAUUAUCUUGAGAAUGAAGAGGAAUAUGAAGAUGUUGUAGAAGAUGUAAAAGAGGAGUGUCAAAAAUAUGGACCAGUGGUAUCUCUGCUUGUUCCAAAGGAAAAUCCUGGCAGAGGACAAGUCUUUGUCGAGUAUGCAAAUGCUGGUGAUUCCAAAGCUGCUCAGAAAUUACUAACUGGAAGGAUGUUUGAUGGGAAGUUUGUUGUGGCUACAUUCUACCCGCUGAGUGCCUAUAAGAGGGGAUAUCUGUAUCAAACCUUGCUUUAAUCAGUAACCUAAGAACUAUUUCCUUUUUCUCCUCUUCCAUUUCUUGGGUUAUUGUAUUCCACACCUGAAUGCAGGAGCACCCCCUUACCAUUUUAGGAAGGUACUUUGUACAUUUAUUUAAUCCUACUAAUGUGUAGCCAUUGCCCAAGCAGUGACUGCAUUGCAUACAUUUGGCACUGAGUAGGACAAGACCUCUCAGCUAUACAUUGAGGGGUUUUAGAGCAUCCAUGUGGGCAACCUAUUUUUGUGCAGGAGAGCAGGUGCUGCUCUUCCGUAUGUAACCUAAAAACAUAUUAAUUAUUUUGUGUGAUCAUGAAGCAAGAAUGAAUAAUAUCAUGUCUUGGUAAAUACUAACAAAUUUGUUAGGUUUGGUGACAUCAUUUACAGAUUCUUUCUUUAUGUUGUCCAGUGGUUCUUCCUUAUUGUUGAUAUCCAUAAGCUGGCACUGGAUGCUCUCAGUAAUGUUAAGUAAUUGUCAAGCAGCAGUUACCUACUGUGUUCUUAACACUGAGUUGUGAAUUUUUUCUUAAAGGAGUACUGUAGUACUGAAUAUUCCUUUAAAGGAACUGCAGUGAGCCUAUCCAAGAUUUUUAAAAUUAAGGCUUUUAAAAUAGAAAGCUGAUGCUUGAUCUUGCACAAUUUUUAUGUCUAGUAUGUAUGCUUGAGUGAGUGUGCAGGUAUGAACGAUUAGAGAAAAUUUGAGUCACUGUACUUUAUAGUGUGAAUCCUGUGAGCUAAUACAGUCUAAACUCAUUUCUUCCCUACCUAUUUCACAUCGAUAAGAUUUAGGAUAUGCGUUUUUUGAGAGGUGGUCUCUCUGAUACAAUGUAAAUGACAAAACAAAUAAUUCCUGAGAGGCUCAGAACAAACUGGAGUCUACCCUGGAGUUACAUUGAGACUUCUAAAAUGAUUAGAACAAAGACUAAGUUUUGCCACAUGUAAAUCAACCCCUCUUUCAGUCUAAUUUAGACUCUGUAUUAGCUCAUCUUUUUUGUACUAAAUCUAUAGUUUUAAGAUUUCUCAAGAUGUGGCUCUGCCUACUAUGAUGGAAAAUUGAAGUGGGUGAAAAGAAUUAGACAUACAAUAAAGGGAAAAGAAAAAAAUGGGUGAAGAGAGGAUAGAAAAUAAAGAAUUCUUUUUUCUUCCUUUCUGUUUCUUGUAUCCCUGCUCCCUUUUUCCUCCCCUUCUCUCAUUCUCUGCCUCUAUCCUUACCUGAAGAUAGAGGAGCAGCAUCCCAGGUAGUUUGGCUUUUGACUGCAAGGAAGUUAAGAAAGGAGUAGAUAUAAUGAGAUAGAAGUAGAAAGGAAGAAAAACUCAAAGAAUUCUUAAGGAAUUCUUAAAAGGAUUCGUAGCAACCUGAUGUUUCCCUUAGUAGAGAAUGCUGGUAUGUGUGAGUUCAUGGACACAAGUUGAUGACACGGCUUUUAGAAUUAUAAUUAUGGAUUCCUCUUACAUAAUGGUAGGUUGUCUUUAAAGAUAUAAAAAUUAGGACACCUUUAUGAAGCACUGAUAAUACCAAAAAAAAAA